UUGGACCAGGGCUUACAGGGGACUGUGCAGUUCUACAUCAAACUGUAUAAAAACUCUCAUUAUGCAUUUGCCUGCGUCGUCGCAGCGCUAAAUCUUUAUUAUUGCCGGGGAAUAUGCACAUAGCUGCACGUGCACGCGCGAGGAAACGAGGAUACCCCGCCGCCGCCGCUGCUACUGCAGGAGAGAGAGGGAGAGCGCGCGAGAGAGAGGGAGCGAGGGAGCGAGAGAGGGAAAGAGGGGACUCUGCUGUGCUUUCAUCAUUAUAAUCACCAUCCUAAGUAGUAGCUCUUAACAUUUUGUUUUUCGGUGUUCAGGCGAGAAGUGACAAGAAUAUAGACCCCUCCUCUGUAGGGCGGAGCGUGCAUUUUCAUUUCGCGUUUUGUAUUUUUUUAUUUUUUUUUUCUAGCCCUUUUCCCUGCUCUGACACGUCUGCACUGAGUGAGUGGCAUUGGCACACUGUCAAUCGCUCACUACCGCUGCCAUCAAACAACAUAAAACACACACAGGCAGAGGCUGGAGCUCAUAAAUUUCAGCAGGGCAAGAUAUUUUUUGCGCAUCGCCUUUAUACAGCGUUGUAUCCCAAUUAAUUUCUUCUCGCUGUUGCGUUUUUUUUUUAAAUCAGAAAUCUCUCAACUUUUUGUACAUUUCAUAUUUUUCUAGUCACAUUUGGACAGCUGAUGCCGCAGAUUGUGUAUUUUUUUAAAAUUCACUCAGUUGUCGCGGGAAGCAUUUCUGUACAUUUAUAGUUGGCAACACCUGCACGCCUAAGAUUUUUUUUUUUAUUUGUUUACACGUUUCCACAUUGGAUAUUUUUGUUGGCGGCGCUUCGAGAGGACGAUUUGGACAUUUUUGGAGAGGAAACGCGCCGGGUGUUCCACGAAGACGCGCUAAUAAAUGAGAGAUAACCAAGGAGCGUUUCUGUCUACACCACCCGUCAAAUCGAAGAGAAAAGACAGAUUGGCAUGAGGAUCCGUGCAGGAUACGGCGGACCGUCAGUUUUGACCAAGAAGUUUUGAGAAGAAAAAAUAUAUUUAUGCAUUUUUCUACGAACCUAGACACGCGUUUUGGUACUUUGGACCGCGCGUAAAAUACGAGAGGACAGCGACAACUUGGACACAAGGUUCAGGCUAAAGCAUCGCUGCUAGUCUUCGCAAAGCCGCGUUCGUGUUCUCGACAGCUGAAGAAGCACGCGGUCCGACAUCCCUCUCGUCUGCGGCGCAUGUUGUUGUAGCCAGCGUCGUAUAUGAGUUUUUCAAUUUGCGUGGCUCAGUGCACAGACUCUUUAGCGGCGACUAUGGACGAUCAAGCCCGGAUCAUGCAGUCGAUCGGCGGCGUGAGUCUGGCCGGCCACUCGGUGCAGGGAGGCAUGGCACUGCCGCCUCCGCACGGACACGACGGGACGGACGGCGACGGACGAAAGCAAGACAUUGGUGACAUUCUCCAUCAAAUAAUGACCAUAACUGAUCAAAGCCUGGACGAGGCGCAAGCAAAAAACAGGAAACAUGGGCUGAACUGUCACAGAAUGAAACCAGCACUCUUCAGCGUUCUCUGUGAAAUCAAAGAAAAGACAGGCCUCAGCAUCCGCGGCGCCCAGGAGGAGGACCCCCCGGACCCCCAGCUCAUGCGCCUGGACAACAUGCUGCUGGCCGAGGGCGUGGCGGGGCCCGAGAAGGGCGGCGGGUCGGCCGCCGCUGCCGCCGCGGCCGCCGCCUCGGGCGGGGCCGCCGACAACUCCAUUGAACAUUCCGACUACAGGGCCAAACUCACUCAGAUCAGACAGAUCUACCACACGGAGCUGGAGAAGUACGAGCAGGCGUGCAACGAGUUCACCACCCAUGUGAUGAACCUGCUGAGGGAACAGUCUCGCACGCGGCCCAUCUCCCCCAAAGAGAUCGAGCGCAUGGUGGGAAUCAUCCACCGUAAGUUCAGCUCCAUCCAGAUGCAGCUCAAGCAGAGCACCUGCGAGGCUGUCAUGAUCCUGCGCUCCAGAUUUCUUGAUGCCAGGCGGAAAAGGAGAAACUUCAGCAAGCAGGCGACGGAAAUCUUGAAUGAAUACUUCUACUCGCACCUCAGCAACCCAUACCCGAGCGAGGAGGCUAAGGAGGAGCUGGCCAAGAAGUGCAGCAUCACAGUUUCCCAGGGGGUGGGAAGCACCAUCACAGUAUCACAGGUGUCCAACUGGUUCGGCAACAAGCGGAUCCGCUACAAGAAGAACAUCGGCAAGUUCCAGGAGGAGGCCAACCUGUACGCCGCCAAGACCGCCGUGAACGCGGCGCACGCCGCGGCCGCCGCGGUGCAGAACAGCCAGGCCAACUCCCCCACCACACCCAACUCCGGAUUCCAGAUGAAAGACGAAGAGUUUCAGCUGGAUUCUGCCGAGAGCAAAAACACUCUUUUAAGCAACAUGUUUACUGGUUCUUCAGGUUCUUUUAACCUCCCAAACUCGGGGGACAUGUUCUUGAGCAUGCAGAGUCUGAAUGGGGAUUCUUACCAAGGGGCACAAGUCGGAGCCAAUGUACAGUCACAGGUGGAUACCCUGCGCCAUGUUAUCAGUCAGACGGCAGGAUACAAUGAUGCUCUCGGGGGCAACACCAUGUACAGUCCACACGGCUUAAGUGCUAAUGGGGGGUGGCAGGAUGCGACGACUCCGUCUUCUGUGAUAUCGCCGACAGAAGGCCCUGGAAGUGUGCACUCCGAUACCUCGAAUUGAUCCGCUAUUCAAUGCAUCUCCGCCUCAAACUGGGCACGGACUCUAACUGGCCGACCAACUGAGAGGAGAGGAAAAUCUCCCAACAGAUUGAAUUUCCUGUAUUUUAAAGUGUCCCAUAACCACGCCAUACAAAACCACAUGCUCCAUCACAAACACCAAGUGUUUCUUGACUAUUCAGUGUCGCUUUUAUUUUUUUGUUUUUAUAAAUCAGCUGUAAUCGCCACCGCUCUUAUUUCUUUGUUGUAGGGGUAAACACACACAUGCACCCAUAGUAAGCCUCCCUCAGAUGUAGACUUUCAGGAUAAUUAUCUCCUCUGAAUUCAAAUUACCCAAUGACACUUUAACGUGACAUUUAAUGGCAUUUUAAAUGGCCAUUUGUUUGAUUCUUGAUUUAAUUACCCCUUUUCAUUUUGAUAAUUGGGUCUCUCUUUCACUUCUUACAAUACAUAGAUUAAAGCAGCUGUUUCUUUGACUGUAAUAGUGCUCCCAGUCCUGUCCAGCAACUUAACAAUGCUACCGUUGACAGCUCAAUGGCAGCUUUGUAGUUCCUUUCAAGAUUUAUUUUUGCCUUACAGCCGUAUAUAUUAGUACAAGGAAAUGACUAUUCAAACUCUGGAACAUAAAGAAGCGUAAUUGAUUGCUUGACUAUAACAUGACACGACUCCAUAUUUUAUAAUUUGAUGUACAUAUGUAAACAUUUUUUUUUUCUGCGGCUUAUGGAAAUCAACAAAUCCCCGACAAUGGCUCACUCCUCCACGGCGCACAGGACCAGGCCCCGGUUACAGAGAAAAGAAAUUGUACAUAAAAUAGCUAAAGAGUAAUUAUACAUCCCACCAAUCAAUACACAGCUUUAUUACCUCAAUUAAAUCCAUAGAAACCGAUCAUUUGCAACAUUUCUGUAGCUUAGAGUGCUCACUUACUACCUCUAAACGACAUCACCACCAUACUUCAUUUGCCCUAAGUUCAUGUUUUUAUGUAGUUAUUUUGACGACAUCUUGUAACACUGUAAACUCGUCAUUCUCUAUGUAAUCUAAUGUAUAUUUUAAUCUUUUAAUAAAACGUUGCUGCGUUGCAACUUAAAAUGACAAAAAUUAAAAAAUGAUGAUGAAAACAAUAUUAAUACCAGGAGGACUAGACGGGGAGGGGGGUGGAGAGGUCGCUGCGGCUUUUAUGAGGGGGUGUGAUGAACAUUGUGGAUAAAUGAACACCAAACAGUGAAACUGUUGUAAAUACAGAAGAAAAAAAACAUUUUGAAUGUUGCUCAUCUUGUUACUAAAUCAUGCAAAAAAAGGAAAAAAACACUAUAAAAACUGUAAUGCAUAGAGGUUUCAGUAUUCAGAACUGUACAUUUCCAGCUCUGUCCAACAGGGUUCAAGACUUGUUUUCUCUUUUUUCUAUUGUAUGUGAUUCUGAAACUGAAAAGUCAUGACAAAUGAUGAUUUGUGGCAGUGAUUCCAAUGUAUUAAAGAUGUUUAGUGUUACUUUCUAACCAGACUACACCCUGGACUGAAAAGUCUUCCUUGUGGUAGUUGUGUAAUUUCAAACAUGAAUAAACAUUUUGCUUUGA